AUGGCCGGCGCGGCGGGCUCGGGCGGCGCCAACCCGCGGAAGUUCAGCGAGAAGAUCGCGCUGCACACGCAGCGCCAGGCCGAGGAGACGCGGGCCUUCGAGCAGCUCAUGACCGACCUCACCCUGUCGCGGGUUCAAUUUCAGAAGCUCCAGCAGCUUCGCCUCACACAGUAUCAUGGAGGGUCCUUACCCAAUGUCAGCCAGCUUCGGAGCAGCGCAGCUGAAUUUCAGCCGUUUCACCAGGCAGACAGUGUGCGGGGGACCCGCCACCAUGGUCUGGUGGAGAGACCGUCCAGAACUCGCUUUCACCCCCUUCACCGACGAUCUGGGGACAAGCCAGGACGACAAUUCGAUGGCAGCAGUUUGGCAGCCAGUUACUCCUCACAGGCCCUGGAUGAGAGUUGGCCCAGGCAGCAUCCACCUUGGAAAGAAGACAAACAUCCUGGGUUCAGGCUAACAUCUGCACUUAAUAGGACUAAUUCUGAUUCAGCUCUUCACACAAGUGCCCUGAGCACCAAGCCCCAGGACCCCUAUGGCGGAGUGGGCCAGUCAGCAUGGCCUGCCUCAUACAUGGGUUUCUGUGAUGGCGAGAAUGAUGCACGUGGGGAAGUGUCUUUCCCUGGCCCAUUGAAGGAAGAGAAUCUGUUGAACAUUCCCAAGCCGCUGCCUAAACAAUUGUGGGAGACAAAGGAGAUUCAGUCCCUGUCCGGACGCCCUCGAUCCUGUGAUGUUGGAGGUGGCAACACUUUCCCACACAAUGGUCAAAACAUAGGCCUGUCACCUUUUCUGGGGACCUUGAACACCGGGGGAUCAUUGCCGGAUCUAACCAACCUCCACUACUCUGCGCCCCUGCCGGCUCCCCUGGACGCGGGUGACCACCUCUUUGGGAGCAUGAGCAUGGGGAACAGUGUGGGCAAUCUCCCGGCUGCUAUGACUCACCUGGGCAUAAAAAGUGCUUCCGGCCUCCAGAGUUCUCGGAGCAACCCCUCCAUCCAGGCUGCACUCAACAAUACGACUCCAUCCUCUUCCCUCAACAGCCACCCACAGGCAUCAGCUCCAGGCGCCGCUGCCCUUCACCCCUCACUCCGACUCUUUUCCCUCAGCAACCCCUCCCUCUCUACUACAAACCUCAGCGGCCCCUCUCGGCGUCGGCAGCCCCCCGUCAGCCCUCUCACGCUCUCACCUGGCCCCGAAGCACAUCAAGGCUUCAGCAGACAGCUCUCGAACACCAGCCCCCUGAACCCAUAUCCUGCCUCACAGAUGGUGUCCUCAGAUCAAAGCUCGCUUCCCUUCCUGCCCUCAGAAGCUCAAGUAUCCCCACCACCUCCUUACCCUACGGCCCAGGAACUCCCCCAAACUCUCCUGCAGCCCCACUCCCAGGAGCCCUCUGCUCAGCAGCCCCAGGUGGCUUCGACACUGCCCCAUUCAGAGUUUCACCUCAUCGAAGCUCAGGACUCAUCUUUGACCAACUUUUUCCCGGAUGUCAGCUUCGACCAGCAGUCCCUGAGGCCGGGCCCAACCUUCCCUCCACAGGUGCCCCUGGUGCCACAAGGCCCCCAGGAACACCAGGACCCGUUUCAUUUGAGACCAAACCUGUAUUCCAACUGUGGGAACUUUCCAAACACCAUCCUGACUGAAGACUCGAGCUCCAGCCUGUUCAAAGAUCUCAGCAGUGCCCUGGCAGGCAUGCCUGAGGUCAAUCUGAAUGUGGACACUCCAUUUCCUUUGGAAGAAGAGCUCCAAAUUGAGCCCCUGAGCCUAGACGGACUCAACAUGCUAAGUGACUCCAGCAUGGGCCUGCUCGACCCCUCUGUUGAAGAAACUUUUCGAGCCGACCGACUGUGAACAGGAAGGAACAGGAUUUAUUGUGAAAGAGCUAAGCUAGCACAGAGUCAGCUAGCUGCCUGGCUAACUGGGCUGUGCUUCUUUCGGGCUUCUGGCCUAGAAGGAACCAAUCCUGGGAUUUUUAGCUUCCCAUGUCUCCUGUCUCCUACACUGUGGCUUGUCCUAGACCACAGAGCUAUGCACUGCCUCCCAGGCCCCAGGCACAGAUUCUGUUGCCGCAGGCAGGCUGCUCUGGAGCAUGUGUCUCUGGCAGCCACCUAGUUUGUUGGUGUGUAAGAGCAGAAUGCUCCAGGUCCUGGGAGGCUGCAUAGACAGCCUUGUAUAUAGUGUUCAAAAUCACUGUCCUCGGACCGGGCUGAAACUGGGGCCUGGGGCAGCUGCAGUGAGGACACAGACUUGGAAGCUGGCUCAGCAUAAGUAACGGUACCCCAGCACCUCGAUGCCUUCUUGGAUCCAGCCGUAGGGCUGUCCUCCUGCCAGCUGCUGGCAGGGCAGAGUGGAGCCCCGGUGCUCUGAGAUGCCUUAUUCCUGACCUGAGGAAUUUCCACAAGUCCAAAAAGAGUCUUGACUUCAGCCAACUGACUAUCACUGUGUUUUGUCCCCAUCGGGGACCUCUCCUGCUGCUUGAGCGCACCUUGGCCUAUGGACGAGUGAGGAAGGAAGGCGCCUUGUGCUGUCACUGGAAGCCUUCCCCGGGAAUGGGUGAGCCUGGAAAGCACAGUGAGGUAGUGAGAGAGAGGGGCUGCAGUGUCACAGCCAGGGCGGCUACAGAGGGCAGGUGCUGUGGCCUGUAGAGCCAGCAUUUCCCUUUGGGCUGUGAGCUCUUGAGAGCAGGGACUGUUCCUCUCGCCUCAUACCCCUAGGGCAAGGCUUGCAGGAAAGCAGGAGCCUGUCUGCUUUGCAGUGGGAGA